CCCUCCUCCCCUUUUCCAUCUUGCAAAGAAAAUAAAUCAGAGGGCCUGCACUUCUCUCCCAUGGCCCAUAGGAAUAUCGUUAGAGCGAUGCACAGUCGCAGCGGAAUGAAUUAACAGCAGGAUUUCUUGGGAGAUUUGCGUCAGAGGUGAUGAACAGUCUGCUUCGCCUGCUCUCUCCCCAGGACGCCAGAAAGAAGUGAUCUUUCUCUUCUCCCCUCUUCUUCUCCUCCACCGAGGAGGAGAGAGAGGACUAUUUAAGGGCACUUUCCCCACCCCCAUCGCCGCCGGAUUUUGCUGUUAUGCGGUGAAUCCCUUCGCGUCAAUGGGCACAUCGGCUGCCGGAUGAACUAAAGAUUUGCAUUCUGAUGGAAUAGGGGGCGCUCCUGGUCGCGUUUCUUGGGAACCCAUCCAUGGCGGCCGGUGACAUGUCGAGCUCACCUUUCCCCGACUAGCUGUUGACCGGGGAGUGUUUCUUGGUCCCUGGGGUCCCUUGAGUUGUUGUUCGUUUAGGGCGUUGGGGAAAACCUGUGCGGCAGCUUAAGGUUUCCUAAUUCGUGGUUUCGAUGGCGCCGGUGGGGGGCGUUGUGGACAUCAGCUCCGAUGAGGAGGACUUUCUCAUCGGCGAUGCCCUUGCGCCCCUUGACCCCCACGGAUGGACGGCAGAUCUUUUCGAUGUGGUUGAUAAUGCAACCGGGGAGGAUUUCGAUGACCUCGUGAUUAUGAGUGAGAUAUCGGCUCCACCGGUACUGCAUCAGACAGCCAAACCUGAUGACCUCGUGGUUAUGAGUGAGUUAUCCUCCCCCCCUGUGCUGCAGAAGAAGGGCAAUGCUGAUGGUGAUUGUGACGAGGACGACGAUGACUGCGUGGUCCUAGAUGGUGACCCUGAUAAGGCGGUUAUUGUUGCCGAUGAGGGAAGCGCGAGAGAUGGCAGCUCGGAUGAAUUGCAGAUAGUUGCGGUGAAAGGCCCAAUACCAUGCAGGGACUUCCCUCAUUCACGCCAUUUAUGUUCAAACUUGCCCUUCAGCACUACUUCUCACGUGAAGCAUUGUGUCAUGUGCCACUGUUUUGUAUGUGACACUCAAGCUCCAUGCAAAUAUUGGGGUAACAGUACGUCAGCUAAUGAUCAUUGUCAUGCUACGGAUAAGGAGCCAAAAUGGAAACUAAUGAGGCAAGUAUUCAGGGGAUGCCUGCCAGCAUCUGGUCCAGAAAAACUCCAGAAUGACUUGUACUCAACAACAGUGUCGCCCAGGCAGCAACCUAUGCAGUGUCAUGCUGCAGUCCCUCAAUCACCUCCGUCUUCGGUAUUACAUGUUGGUUACCCUUCUCGUGCCAUCCAAAGUCCUCUUGUUAAUGAAAGGAGACAUAACCAACAAAGGCAUCACUCAGUAAGAGUCUCGCUGAGUGUAGGGGGAACAGUCAGUUCACCAAGAGCUGGAAGAGGUACUUGCAGUGCUCAUAUUGCUCAAAAUACUCAUUCACAUGCAAUUUUCAAAAGAGCAGGGGCUGUUUCUCCGGGCUUUGCAUCCCCAAAUGCUACUCAAUUUGGUUCUGCUGGUCCAGAUAAUUCCCUGAUGCACCAGGCAUUGCCACACGUAUCUCAGCCAGUUCAAGUUGCACCUGCAACCAAUGCUUUCACUGAAACUGCUCAGAGCAAUCCUUUCCAGAGAUCUUUCAGUGCACCAAUAGCAUAUCAGGUGCAGCAAGAUCAGCCAGCGGCAUAUUAUCAGGCUGCCACAAAUGGGAUGGAUGUCAUAGGGCCGCAACUUUCACGGUGCACCUCGCUGAUAACUGAGAGAACACAAUGCCUGCCAGAACCAGUAACAGAUGUUUGCACAAAAAGCUGGGAAGACAUACUUGCUACUGUGGCAUCUGAUCUGGGGGUGGCAGAUUACGAUAUCAGCACUGCAGAGUCUCCACAUGUAAUGACUGACUCUCAACCUGUGCAUUCCACAGCAAACCAGGGUUUCAGUCUCCAGCAUGAGUCUGUUGCAGCAAUGGAGAACUUGACGUCUUCUCAUAUGCAUGACUUAUCCGGUCACACAACAGGUGGCAAUGUUCAGGCAGAUCAUCCUCUGGAAACAGCAGAGAACUGGGACCAUCCGAUUGGUGGGAAUGAUUUUGUGAGUGCCCCUGCUGAUGUGUUAUCGGUAGAUGAAGCUACUCAUCAGCUUGCGGUGUCAAGGCUGGAGUCUACAGACAUACUGUUUGAGCUUGACUGGAGUUAAGCAGCGCCUGGCUGCCCUUGCAUUUCAUGGGUGGUAUGAACAAUAAAAUCGACGGCAUUGACGUGCCUCUCUCUAGGUUUCCUUCAGAGGAGACAGAGUACAUGUUCCUUGUACAGUAUGUAGAAUCUGUGGUAGAAGUGCCGUUGUUAGCAUGUCGCCAUGUCAGUCGAACUUGUGUCUUAGCCUCUUAGGCCUUAGAUAGUCAUGCCUCUUAGGGCCUAGAUGUUAACAGCUAUCUCCCCUGAAGUUGUGUGUGUGUGGGGGGGGGGGGGGGGGUGGCAGAUUUCAAUCCCGUACUGCUGGUGGAUAUAUCAAUGGUUCAUAAUCUGUUGCCAAAAUGCGUGUUCGAGGUAGUACCCUCACCCGUAGGUCUACCUUCUUACAAUCUGAACUUUUCAGGUACAAAUGGUUGAGUUGGAUAUCAAUUCCUUGGCUGCUGGAUGAUGUA